CAGGAGCCAUAGCUUCCGAGACGACCCAACCGGACAGCCUCGAGUCGAAUUGGCUGCUUCUUCCGCGACUCCCUUCUGUCCCCUCCCACUCCUCCUUGGGGAGCAAAAGGGUUUAAGAUGAAGGGUUUUUGCCUCCUGUGCACCUCCCUGGAGUCCUCUGCUCCUCUGGCCCUUUGAUUCUGCAGCAAGAUUCAAUUCCCGUCACCACCACCAUGAGAAGAGCAUCCUCUCUUCUAUCAUCCCUGAGGGAGCUCAGAGGCCGAUGUAGUACCAAGCACCCCGUCUCCAUUAUCUCCCUCGCUUUCCACUCUGACCUCGGCGACCCAUCUCCCCAACCUUGCAGAAGUUACCAUGGCCUCCUCUACAAGAGGAGGACCCAGCAAUUAUUGAGGAACCCAUCCAGAAGUCUCGAUACUCUCGUGCAGAAUGACCCGCCAUUAUCCUCCAGACAGAGCAAAAUUAAGGAGAAGAACGACCUUGAUGAGGCGUUCGAGUCGGCGACGACGAUGGAGGAGAUGGUCUCUGCUUUCAAAGCCAUGGAGUCCGUCUUCGAUGAGAACGAUAAGAGGCUUGGCCUCGCUUGCCUGAAGAUGGGACAGUGUCUAGACUCCGCAGGUGAGGAUCACGAAUCUACCCUUGUUUAUGCCGUGAAAGCGCUGAGGAUACUAGAGGCUCAUGAUGAUGGUGAUGGUGAUACCAAAAGUGCUGUUUCAUUGGCUAUGGCGUUGCAUCUCAUGGGCUCCGUUCAUUAUGGCCUCAAGAGGUUCAAUGAGAGUCUGGGUUACUUGAACAGAGCAAACAGGAUAUUGGGUACGCUUGAAAAUGAUAGUUGUGGCUUUGAUGUUAGGCCUAUUAGCCAUGCUGUCCAACUUCUAUUGGCAAACACGAAGACGGCGAUGGGUAGGAGGGAAGAAGCCUUAGACAACCUCAGGAAAAGUCUGGAGUUGAAAGAAUUGCUUCUUGAACCCAAUUCUAGAGAACUGGGUGUUGCUUAUAGGGAGGUAGCAGAGGCGUAUUCAGCGGUCUUGAGGUUCAAGGAGGCAUUGCCACUCGGUUUGAAGGCGUUGGAGGUGCAUAUGGAGCAAUUGGGACAGAACUCUGUCGAGGUAGCGCAUGAUAGGCGGCUUCUUGGGGUGGUAUACUGUGGGUUGGAGGAGCAUCAAAAGGCAUUCGAGCAGAAUGAAUUGGCGCAAAAGGUUCUGAAGAACUGGGGUAUGUCAUUGGAUUUGCUUAAUGCGGAAGUGGAUGCUGCAAACAUACAGAUUGCUCUAGGGAAGUUUGAGGAAGCGAUCAAUACAUUGAGAGGGGUUGUCCAGCAGACUGAUAAAGAUAGUGAGACGCGAGCUUUGGUGUUCAUAUCAAUGGCGAAGGCAUUGUCGAAUCAGGAGAAGUUUGCAGACUCAAAGCGAUGUUGUGAGAUUGCAUGUGGUAUAUUUGAAAAAAAGGAGUCAUUGGCACCGUCAAAAGUUGCAGAGGCUUACAGUGAGAUCGCGAUGCUGUAUGAGACUAUGAAUGAGUUUGAAAUUGCAAUAUCUCUAUUGAAAAGGUCUCUCGCAUUGCUCGAGAAGAUUCCACAAGAGCAGCAUGCUGAAGCUAGUACUUCUGGACGGAUAGGUUGGUUGCUUCUGUUGACAGGGAAGGUGCCUCAAGCAAUUCCCUAUUUGGAGGGUGCCGUAGAGAGAUUGAAGGAGAGCUUUGGACCGAAGCAUUUUGGUGUUGGUUAUAUAUAUAACAAUCUUGGUGCUGCAUAUAUGGAAUUAGACAGGCCUCACUCAGCAGCACAAAUGUUUGCACUUGCCAAGGACAUCAUGGAUGUUGCUCUUGGGCCCCAUCAUGCAGAUUCCAUAGAGGCAUGCCAAAACCUCGCUAAUGCCUAUGGUGCCAUGGGAAGUUACAAACUUGCGAUGGAAUUCCAACAACGAGUGAUCGAUGCAUGGGAAAGCCAUGGACCUAGUGCAAGUGAUGAGGUCCGAGAAGCAGAAAGGCUUCUUUUUCAGUUGCAAAAGAAGGCAAUGACAGAAAGUGGAAAUUGUGGUGAGUCACUUCCUCUUCCUCAGUCAGGUGAAGCUAUUUCUGGCAAGUGCUUGGAUCUUGGUCUUUCCAAGUGAUUAUGAACAUAUCCAAGCCUAUGAAGCUUUGCAAUUUUGUCCUACCUUACCUACAUUGUUAUAUACAUAUUUUCCCCAUAAAUGUCAGUUGUGAAGGAUUUGUAGAAACUAAGUUGGAGACCAUGAAUACCACAUUGUGGUGCGAAUGUAAAAUAUGUGAGUGAGUUGUUAACCAUGCCAAUGCUUUUUGUUAUUCAAAUGAACAUAUUACGAUUCAUUUGAAAGAUUUGGAAUUGGAUGAACUUUACUUUAGAUUGAA